UGACGCGUCGCGCGCAGACUGAGAGGCAGAGACGCGGCGGCGGCACAAGCUAAAGGCGCGGAGGUGGAGUCGGUGUUCCGCUGCUGACCGUUAGCUAACCGUGAGCUAACCGUUAGCUGACCGCGUGGAUCAAACCGACACAGUGACGCAGCAGAGACAGACAGACAGACAGACAGAGAGACAGACAGACAGACAGACAGAGAGAGAGAGACAGACAGACAGACAGAGAGGGGGGACAUCAUGGCGACGCUGCUCGGAGCGGAGUCGGGUCGCUCUCCUCCGCCUCCUCCUCCGCUUCCUCCUCUUCCUCUCCUCUCACAGCACGGUUCUGGUUCUCCUUCCUCUCCGUCGAACCACACUCACAACCUGCCGCCGAACCGCGGCUUGGAGCGCGCGCUGGAGGAGGCGGCGGCCAGCGGCGUCCUCCACAUCAGCUGCCGGAAACUGAAGGAGUUCCCCCGGUCAGCAGUGAACCACGACCUGAGCGACACCGUGGAGGCAGAUUUGUCAAAGAACAGACUGAGUGACGUUCCAUCAGAGGUCUGUCACCUGGUCGCCUUGGAAACGCUAAACCUGUAUCACAACUGCAUCAGGACCAUCCCUGACUCUGUCAUCAGUCUGCAGUCACUCACCUCCUUAAACCUCAGUCGUAACCAGCUGUGUUCUCUGCCUGCGUGUCUGUGUGGUUUACCUCUGAGAGUCCUCAACGCCAGCAACAACAAACUGGUCUGUCUGCCUGAGAACAUCACACAACUGCACGGACUCAUGGAGCUGGACGUCAGCUGUAACGAGAUCACGGCUCUUCCUCGUUACGUCGGUCGACUCAAAGCUCUGCGAGAACUCAACGUACGUCGGAACCUCCUCUGUGUUCUGCCCGAGGAACUGGCUGAUCUUCCUCUGGUAAAGUUGGACUUCUCCUGUAACAAAGUCUCCACCGUCCCAGUGUGUUUCAGGACGAUGAAGCAGCUGCAGUCACUGCACUUAGAGAACAACCCACUGCAGAGUCCACCUGCACAGAUCUGUUUAAAAGGUAAAGUUCACAUAUUUAAGUAUCUGAGCAUUGAGGCGUGUCGCUGUGAGAAGAUGCCGGACUCACUGUACCUGCCCGUCAUAGAGCGGCUCAGCCUGUCACGACCCAGCACCGGCAGUGUGGAGGACAUGGAGCAGCAGCAGAAGAAGCAGGACAGUGACUCAGGAGUCGGCAGCGACAACGGAGACAAGAGACUGUCUGCUACUGAGCCGUCAGAUGAAGACAGUCUGAGUCUCAACGUGCCGAUGAGUCACAUCACAGAAGAGGAAGGACUCAGUAAAGACGACUCCACUGAACACAUCAGCUCCCUGACCGUGGACACAAACUAUGACUCUGUGCGUCUGAUCGAGGAGAGUCCUACGGAAGCUCUGAAGGAUCAGUUCAGCUGCAGAGACUCUGCUCUCAGCUCUCACUUCAUCAACUACAUCAAGGGUCGUGCAGCAGCAGACUUGGACGAGCCUCUCAGGAUAGAAGAAGACUCUUCGUGGCAAACAGAACAAACGUCAAAGGUCACGGUGGGCACAGAGCUCCACAUCGACAUGAUCAACCAGCUGAAAGAAGCUGUGGAGCUGCUGCAGGAGCCCAGCAGAGUUCCCUCACAACAGGACCACGUGACAGGAGUCCGACUGUACCCUGUGGAGAUGGUCACAGUGGACGAGUCACUCAAUGGUCAGGACAGUGAGGACAGCGCCACCACAGCUCAGCAGCUCAUGAAAGACGAAGAAGAAACAGGAGGAGCAGCAGCAGGAGGAGGAGGAGGAGCAGGAGGAGGAUGUGAGUUCCAGAGGAAGAGACAGAUGAUUCUAGACAAAGCCAGGUUUCAGGCCCAGCUUGCGUAUCGGGAGUAUGAGUGGCAUAUGUCAAUCAAGCGAGGAGACGUCCCUCCGGCCGUCAGACUCUCGUCCUUUUCACCAUUUGGACUGAAGCCUCGUUCAGCUCCGCCCUCGCUGCCUUGCUCGCCUCCUCCUUCCUGUUUCGAAUCCUCCCCCCUCUUACAGGCCACACCCCUCCGUAGAGAUACACGGUGUAGCCAUGACGACGGAGGCGUGCACGGCCGCGUUUUCCUGCGCAGCCACAAGAGUCUUGAGUCUGUGGAUCCUCAGUUUACCAUCAGGAGGAAGAUGGAGCAGCUGAGAGAAGAGCUGGAGCUCAUGGAGACGCUGAGAGACAGCAUCGAGAGCAGACUGAAGGUCGUCCUCCCCGACGACCUGGGCUCGUCUCUGAUGGACGGCGUCGUCCUCUGUCAUCUGGCCAAUCACAUUCGCCCUCGCUCGGUGGGCAGCAUCCACGUCCCCUCCCCCGCAGUGCCCAAACUCAGCAUGGCCAAGUGUCGCAGGAACGUGGAGAGCUUCCUGGACGCCUGCAGGAGGAUCGGCGUUCCUGAGGACAAACUGUGUCUUCCUCACCACGUCCUGGAGGAGAAAGGUCUUCUGAAGGUCAGCAUCACAGUCCAGGCUCUGGUCGACCACAACUCCUGACCUCUGACCUCCUGACCUGAGGCCAUUACACAGAGAAGGGGCGGGGCUUCCAGUACGCAGAGAAGGGGCGGGGCUUCCAUGGCACACACAAACAUGAGUAAAGACUCUGGUUUGUCGCACUAACACAGAUUUUAAAUUCUGUCUAAAAACAACAGCGUGCUCCUUUUAUAUUGUUGUAAUUAUUUAAAUUGACAAAGAUUUUAUUGACAAAGACGGACUGUAAACAAAGAUGGCCGACACUGCGACUUUAUCGCAGUGAGAGGAUCGUCGUCUAAGUCACCAACAGACACGAGACUCUGUCAGUUUACGUUAAAAAGACCAAAGUUAAAAUGGAGGCAAUAAUCUUAAAUCUUAACUUCAUCAGGAAACAAAAAACACUUCAACAUUUUGAAGUUCUACUUAAAUAUUUAAAAAGAAUUGACUUUAUUCUCUUAAAAUGUAAGUUUCCAUGAUAUUUUUACAUCUUAGAUGUUUUUUUAUUUUCAUUUUUUCAGGUUUAUUUCACAUUUAAGUGUCUGUUAAAGGGAAAGUUCAGCUUUUGGGAGAAAACAAGCGGAACCUCGAGUCGAUAACAUCGGAAACUACGGGCAACUUCUAAACCACACACACACACACACUCACACACACACAGGAGUUGUUGAUCCACUGCUGCCUCCAUCACUACGUUCAAAUGUCUUAUUAAAUAAAAUUCAGCUUUUAAAAAUCUUCAUUCAGAUUAACUUCAGUGACACAAAGUGACCACACGAGGCAGCAGAGGACCAGCAGCUCGUGUGUGUGUGUGUGUGUGUGGGGAGAGUGUGGUUUACAGACGUCUGUCUCACACUGAGACAAAGACUUACACUGACGUGGGUUUGGUUCUGAGCAGCAGGGGGCGCUCACACUCGAUCACACUUAAAACCCCCUGAACUGUCCCUUUAACUUGUAAACGUAGCUGAGCGUGUUUUCUGUGUUUCUGCACUUUAAACGUUUUAUAUCAGAUAUUUAAAGACACUGAAUUCACCUUUAAUCCAAACAGAAGCAACACUAAUGUGAGUGUAAAGAUCCUGCUGAACACAAUCGUAUGUUUGUACAUAAAUGUCUGUGCUUUUAUUUUUGUAUUUUUCACCCGUGUCGACGUUUACUGUCAUGUGUUGAACAGCAGCUCUGAGCUAAAUGCAUGAAAUGUCCCUUUAACUGCUGUGAAUAUAUCCAUGUGUGUGUGUGUGUCUGUGUUUAUACACACACACACACUGUAUUUCUUAUCACUUUAUCAGUAAAAGCCUGGUGUGUAAACACAGCCGCACGUUUUUAUUUGAUCACAAACACAGCAGUGAACAUUCAAAGCCUUUAUUGUGAAGAUGAAGAAAACUCUUCAUCUUCAGAAGA